AUGUCUGCUGAACGACCUGCACGAAAGAAGCCAGUCUUGAAAGGGAUCGCGGGAUUUAAGAUGGCGAGUCGCAAACCCACGGUCGUCAAAAGCGAUAUCGAGUCAUCAUCAUCGUCAUCACCAUCGACACUAGUGGCAUCAACGACACCGAUUCUAGCUAAAGAACGAUCUACCACUAUCGAUCUGACGCCCCCAACUGCAUCCCAAAGCAGUCCACCGCUUCUCAAAAAAGAACCAUCUACCACCAUCGAUUUAACAUCUCCAACUGCAUCCCAGGCUACCGUACCAUCUGGAUCCCAAAACCCCAAAAAGACCGAGAAAAAGAAGGAAUUCAACGACCUCGAAUUCUUUGGCCGUUCGAAGGAUGUCCACGCCGGUAUGCGAAUAGUGGCAAAGGCAAAGCGUCAGAAGGAGGCCGAAGCUCGUGAACAGAGAGCGAAAGCUGUAGCGGAAGAGAAAAAGAAGAUUGAGCCAAGAAGGUAUUCGAAGCGUCGAAAGAGUGAUGAUGAAACUGCCAUUCUCAUCGGCGACGACGAAAAUGACGACAACAAAGAUCCCGAUUUCCUCCCUCGGAAGAAUAGAGACCCAACGCUUACGCCCAGAACAUCCGUCGAACCCAUCGACCCUUCCGAAGUCGAUAGAGUCCUCGAAGCAUUCAAUAAGAAAAAAGCAGAGGUUGAAGCAAGAUCUCGAGUCUUGUCGCCUCCAUUGUCAACACAGCUACUGGCUAGUCAACAUGCGACCUCUACAAACCCUGCCGACGCCUCUAAGGAUAUUGUUAUUCAAAUCCUCAUAAUCAGUGGAAUACCCGGUACAAAACCCAUGGUAUUCAACCGAAAAUUCGGCCAGACUCUUGGAAAAGUACGAGAUACAUGGGCACGUAUGCAAGGGUUCACAGAGGACCAAAUACAACACUUGGUUCUGGUCUGGCAGAAUGAAACCCGGGCCUUCGAUUCGACGGUGCCCAAGAGUCUGGGGAUUAGGUUCGAUAGGGAUGGGAAGAUGUACCUCGACAGAAAGGGGGGGAACGAUAGUUUUUCGACAUUGGGGAAAGAUGAAAGGGAGGCGAUACGAAAUGGUAUCAAACCUGACGACUGUAGGAUCUAUUUUGACGCGAUGUGGGAUGAGGAAUUUGAAGGGUUAUUGAGGCAGAGGGAGGCAGCGAAGGAGAGAGAAAAGGCUUUGGAGCUUUCCAGCGACCACGAGGAUGAGGAGGUCGUGACCGGCAUCGCGUUGAAUACGCAGAUGAUGGAGAUCACAUUGAAAGGAAAACAUUUCAAGGAAUUACAGCUCAAGGUUAAGCCGAGCAUGAAAAUUAGCGAAGUGAUAGAGAGGAUGCGCGAUGAACGAAAAAUAGACGAAGACACAGAGAUAGAACUCCACUUCGAUGGCGAAGAACUAGAGGAGGAUAUGACUCUAGAAGACGCAGAAAUAGAGGAUGAGUUCCAGAUCGAUGUGGUCCUGUGGUGA